AUGGCCGACAAGGCCAAAGCCGCUGCAGGCAAUGCCGAUAACAGAGGAGAGAACAACCCUAAGAGCGUGCAGCCCAAGGAUGAGGUGGGCGCAAGGAACGGGUGUCGGCCCUACCGGUGGCAAUUGAAAGACAACAAUAAAGAAUUCUGGCUUACGGGACACGGCGGGGUCAAGGUCCUGACGCUGGGCUGCCUGAUCGCGACACUAAUACUGUUCAACACAGUCAGAGUACACCCUAUGGUGACCCUGAUCCUCUCCAUGGAAGUGUCCAUCCUCAUGUUCUUCAUUUUCAUCUACACCACUGCCUUCAACAGAUACACGCCCUUCAUCGUGUGGCCCAUUUCUGACCUCCUCAAUGACCUGUUCACCUGUAUAUUUCUCAUAGGAGGCAUAGUCAUCGCCGUGAAGAGAAGACGCUUCAUGCCAUUUAACUACUUCAUUGCUGUGGUCCUUAUGGGUGUGGCUGCGUUUUUUACUUUUAUCGAUUUAUGUCUUCAAAGGGAGCACUUAAAAGACAAGAAGGCCAGAAAUGGUACCCUGGUUCCUCCAAACAAUGAUGGCAAGCUACCACAGCCAGGGACUAUGCCACCACCAUCAGCAGCAGCAGCAGCAGAAGCACCUACUGCUCCAGCAGAAGUGGGCAAAACACCACACUAG